GACCGGGACCACUUCAUGGAUGAGUUCUUCGAACAGGUGGAGGAGAUCAGAGGCUGUAUAGAAAAGCUGUCGGAGGAUGUGGAGCAGGUCAAGAAGCAGCACAGCGCCAUCCUGGCCGCCCCCAACCCUGACGAAAAGACCAAGCAGGAGUUGGAGGACCUCACAGCUGACAUCAAGAAGACAGCCAAUAAAGUUCGCUCAAAAUUAAAAGCAAUCGAGCAGAGCAUCGAGCAGGAGGAGGGUCUCAACAGAUCAUCAGCAGACCUCAGGAUCCGCAAGACACAGCACUCGACGCUGUCUCGUAAGUUUGUGGAGGUGAUGACUGAGUACAACACCACGCAGUCCAAGUAUCGCGACCGCUGCAAGGACCGCAUCCAGAGACAGCUGGAGAUCACUGGGAGAACCACCACCAACGAAGAACUAGAGGACAUGUUGGAGAGUGGCAAGCUGGCCAUCUUCACCGAUGAUAUCAAAAUGGACUCUCAGAUGACCAAGCAGGCUCUGAACGAGAUCGAGACCCGACACACCGAGAUCAUCAAGCUGGAAAACAGCAUCCGUGAGCUGCACGACAUGUUCGUGGACAUGGCCAUGCUGGUGGAGAGCCAGGGAGAGAUGAUUGACAGAAUUGAGUACAACGUGGAACACUCUGUGGACUACGUGGAGCGAGCCGUAUCCGACACUAAGAAGGCCGUCAAAUACCAGAGCCAGGCCCGCAAGAAGAUCAUGAUCAUCAUCUGCUGCGUCAUCCUCGGCGUGGUCCUGGCGUCAACCAUCGGCGGCACGCUGGGCUUCUAAGACGCUCCGCCAUCCGCCGCCGUGACGACCGACACCGACCGACCGUCCGACCGCCAGCAUAGAAAAGAACACCGACGACAACAACACAAAAACUUGAAACACAAAUGC